UCUGUUUAUCCAGAUAUAGCAAUCAAGCGUCCAUCCAAGACCGUCUUUCGACCAGACUAGUUUCUCCAUCAACCAAGGAUCGGCAGGGAGCGAGAGCAGCAAGCAGCAGCAACUUAAGUACUUUCAAAACGAGAGCACGGAACACAUCAACUUGACUCGGACGACUCGAAAUAUGGCCACCAUGGAUUCCGUUCUUCUAUCUUCAAACCCUCUCAAGCGCAAGGUCUCUAACGAGUCUUGCGUCGUCCCCUCACAAGCUGCUGCUCUCCCUCCCUGCCUUUCCUCUGACUCCACUUUCCUCUCCGGAGUCUUCUCCUCUUCCCCCUCCUCCUCCCCCGCCCUCUCCGCCGCCGUUGCCGCGUCUUCUCAAAACGAGCACCCGAACCAGCCCUCCGCCAAGCGCUACCGGGGCGUGCGGCAGCGCUCGUGGGGCAAGUGGGUGUGCGAGAUCCGCGAGCCGCGCACGCGCGCGCGCGUGUGGCUGGGGUCCUACAGCUCUGCGGAGGAGGCCGCGCGAGUCUACGACACCGCCGCGCUCAUGCUGCACGGCGCGCACGGCGCGGAGCGCCGCCUCAACUUCCCGCACACGGCGGCGACCGCCGUCGGCGGCGGCAUCCACAUGCGCCCCGUCGUGGUCUCCCGCGCGACCGCGGAGUCUCUGCUGCGCGCAGCGCGCAACCUCGCGGCGGCGGCGAACGGCGCAUCUACCGCGGAGCUCGCGGGCGCGGACGCGGAAGUGAAGACGUUCAGCAGCGAGUGGGUGCAGCUGGAGAUCGCGGGCGCUAACGUGCUCUUCGCCGAAUGCCCCGCGCCCGGGCUCCUUCCCCUCGCUCCCUCCGUCGCGCCAGCUGUCCCCACCCCCGCUCCCGCUCCCGCUCCCGUUCCCGCUCCCGUUUCCGCUCCUGCUCGCGCACCUGCGGCGCCGAUCGCGCCUGUCUCCUCUCCCUCUCCCCUCUCCUCUGUCCCCACUCUCUCCGCUGGCGACGACCUCCUCGUCGCAUCAUGCGACAACGUCGCCAGUGACAACGGCGGCGACAGCUGUGCAAUUCUGGAGCUCCCAGAGCUCGACUGGCCGGAGAUGGAGAAGUGCCCGUCGGCCGACGAUUCGGCUCUCUUCGACGAGAUCGAGAAGUCCGACUCGGCGCGCUUCGACGACGCCUUUAAUCUCUCCGAUGAGGAGCUCUUCGGCCUCUCCUCAUCAUCCGCUUCGGUAUCCGCCUCCCCCUCCCACGACUCCGCCUUCGCCUGCGAUUCCGGUUCCGCCGCUGCGCUCGAGAGCGCCUUCCCGUUCUUCCCCCUAGAGGACGAGGGGAUUCAGUUCGUGCCGUCGCCACCAACGUUCCCACCCGUGUUCCCCGCGCCCGCUGCUCCCGCCGUGCCCGCCGCCGCGUCAGCCGCCGCGGAGUUUCUGGCGGCGCCGCCGUCGCCGUUGUCGUCGUACGGCAGCGUGUCGCGCUCCGUCUCCGCCUGCCACGUCACGCCCAGCGCUUCGGCCAGCGAAUCUGGCUGCGCCGCCGCUGGCACGACCUCCGACGCUGUCUCCGCCGGCUCCGCGGACUCCGCGGGUUCCGCGGGUUCCUUGGAGAACGCGCAGCAGCGCGCGGAUAUGCUGGUAUCGCUGGUGCGCGAGCUGUCGACCAUCACCGCGGUCCUGCAGCACCUGCAGAAGGAGCACCAGCUGCGCCUCAUGCUGCAGCAGCAGCAGCAGUAAAGAGGAGCAGCAGCAGCAGCAGCCCGAAUCCUGCUUAGCUUAUGACGCCCAAUCCUUCCGUGGCUGUCUGCUGCUUUUGCUUACCUCCUCACUCACCGCGCCUCUCCUCUCUGCACUCUCAACCUCCCGAGUCCUCUCAUGACUCAGCAGCCAAUCGAGUCAGCAGCAAUCACCUCGAGUACCCCUCAUGCGCUUCCGACCCUUCCCUCGAUUCCCCUCCUUCCCUCUGAUCCUCUCCCUGAAUCCGAAUCACAUAUCCUUCCCCGUUCUCAACCUAAUCCGAAUCACAUGUCACAUAUCCGAAUCCGCCUAGUCCUCGGCCUCCCUCCUUCCCUCCUGGUUCGUCUACAGUCGGUGUAGACAGCCAUCCUGAAGGUAGUCUUUGUCGGGGGAGUUGACUCUGAAGUCUGCUCUUUCACCCUCCGCCCAAGCCUCACCUCAGACCCCCUCGUCCCUCAUCUCCCUCCUGAACCGGCUACACUCGGGGAAGCCAGCCAUCAUGAAGGCCCUAAGCACCGUUUUUAAGUGUGCCCAACAGUGCCCUCAUGAUGAUUGUCUUUCUUCCGAAAGCCACUGCACCCUACCUCCUGUGAAGAUCCCGCCUUUCCUCAAAGGCCUCAAUUUGUUCAUGUCUCUCCUCGGAGGUAUCUGUCCGUUGGAUUCAAGAGCUCAGUUCUAGGUUCCCUCUUGCUUGUUCUCGAUACUGUUUUGGGAUUUGCGUGUGUGAGUUCUGAAAGUUCAGCCUGUAGUAUGAGUAAAACACAAAUCAAUAAUGCCUUUUAGUGUAAGUGCUGUCUUUAAAGCGAGAAGUUAAAAUAGUGAAGGCCG